AUGUGCGGUCGUCUCAACAAGAGUUUAUACGGUACCCGUGAUGCCGCAUGUAACUGGGAAGCAAAGUACACAUCAGUAAUGCACGCAGGCGGUUUUACAAGUGGUAUUUGGAACCCUUGUAUCUUCACGCAUAGAACUCGUGAUUUGCGUUGUUACGUCCACGGAUACGAUUUUAUUGCGGUAGGGUCAAAUGUAGAUUUACAAUGGUUUUCCUCGUACAUGAAAAGUGAGUUUGAUAUUAAAGAUCGUGGUACCUUGGGUGAUGCCCAAAACCACGUCCAGGAGAUUCGUUGUCUGAAUAGGCUUAUCCGUUGGUGUGUGAGCAGCGAGACAGGAAGGCCGUACAUUGAGUACGAACCAGACAACAGGCACGCAGAAAUUGUUGUUUCCCAAUUAGGUUUGAAUCGCACACACGGAAGUGCCAAGCAGAUAACAACACCAGGUGUCAAGCAGAGUGGUUUUAAUGACUCUGAAAAGCUAGAUCCGCAGAUGAGCUCAUUGUUUCGUAGUGUUUCUAUGCGUAUUAAUUCUCUUGCGAUGGAUCGUGCGGAAUUACAGUUCGCCGGUAAGGAAGCCGCCCGUGGGAUGGCCAAUCCAACCGCAGCUGAUCUUGAGAAGAUCAAGCGGAUAGGUCGUUACUUGAAGCAUUGUCCUCGCUCGUGUCAGCAAUUUCACAUGCAACCACCGCCGUCCUUUUGUGAUGUUUACGUCGACAGUGAUCACGCUGGUUGUCUCGGUACGAGGAAGAGUACAAAUGGAGGUGUUCAGUUUCAUGGUAGGCAUUGUAUUCGUAGUUACUCCUCUACUCAAACCGUCUUAGCGUUGAGUUCCGGGGAAUCUGAAUUUUACAGCAUUGUGAAAGGUAUUAGCACAUGUUUGGGUUUCAAAGCAAUGGCUAAGGAUUUUGGGGUGGAUUUACAGUGUCGUUUGUUUACCGACAGUUCGUCGGCGAAGGCAAUAGCAACCAGGAGGGGUGUUGGCAAAAUCAGACACCUUCACACCCAGUCUCUGUGGGUGCAACAGAAGGUUCUCGAACGUGAAACUACUGUACACAAAGUUCCAGGUACAGAGAACCCGUCCGACGUCGGGACAAAACAUCUCGACCAAGCAUCAAUGUGGAAAUGUUUGGGCAAGAUCGGCCAGAUAGCUCUUGCUGGUCAGUCGCAGUUGUCUUUGAAAGCAGCUUCGUGA